AUGUCGGGGCGGGGCAUGGCGCCUCCACCAAAGCAUCCGCUGGUUCUCGGUCUGGGGGCCGACAAGCGAGACUCGCUGGAAAGGCGGCGUGUGGAGCUGGAGCGCUGGCUGUGGCGGUUGGUGGGCACGCAGGAUGUGGCCCGCGGGCCGCAGCUCAAGUCCUUUUUAGAGCUUGAUAAGGCCAUUCUUCGCGCGCAGAAGCAGCAACAGGAACAACAGCGGCAGAGGCUGGAGCAGCAACACCAGCAGCAGCAUUCCGGCGUCCUUGGCGACGACAGCGCCAGUGACGCGUCGGGUACCAGCGGCGCCGCCAGUACGGCGGGAGCGCUGUCGAGCGUGACGCCGGCGGCGAUGGCGGCUGCGGCGGCGUCAGCGGGUCUGGCAGGAGCUAGUGGCGGGGCCGGCGGCGGCGGCGGACCUGGUUCGCAUUACUCGAUGCCUCCUGACCCACGGGUCAUUGCAUCUAGCCUGCGUGAGCACAAGAUGCAUGAGCAACACGGGGGACCGCCGGCGGCGGCAACAGCGAUGGCUCUGUACGGCCCGGGCGGAGCUGGCGCCGCUGGUGCUGCCGCCGCGGUUCGCCUUGGCAUCAACCUGCAGAGCCGCGGGGACGUACGGCGUCUUGUCGACUUGCUCGUACAAAAGCUGGAUGUAGCCUGCUCCGAAGCCGCUUCCGCAGCCAGCGAAGUGGCCAUGCUGCGGGACGCCAAUCGAGCCAUGGCGGAGCGGCUCGGGGAGCUCGAGCUGGAGAGGGCGGACAGGGAGGUACAAGGGCCUGCGGUACAGCAGGUUGCUCAACUGCACUCCCAACUGCUGGAGGCGCGGACCGACAACACCGAGCUGUUGCGACGGCUGCAGGAGUGGGACGUGGGGGGCAGCACCUCCGCGGUCGCCCUCGCGGCGGCGGAUCAGCGGGCGGAAGAGCUGCGACAACAGCUGGACGAGCAGCAACAACGGUUGGACGAGCAGCAACAACGGUUGGACGAGCAGCAACGACGGAUGGCUGAACAGCAACAACGGUUGGACGACCAGAAAGAACUGUUGGACGAGCAGCGGCGUCAAAUGGAUGAAUUGCUGAAGCGGCUGGAGGAGCAGGCUUCGCAUGGCUGCGGCGGCGGCGGCGAAGCUGGGGCCCAGGGGAAGCGGGAGGAGGAGGAGGAGCAGCGGGGGUUGGCAUUACUCCAUGACCGGGUACGGCAGCUGUCUCUUGAGCUGGAGGAGGCCAAGGCCCGCGCGGGAGAGCUCCAGGGGAAAUUGGAGGAGCAGCAGCGGCAGCUUGCCCGCGAGUCCGAGAGGAGAGAGCGGGCCGAGGCGGCGGCUGCACGCCAGCCAACCCCUCCGGCCACAGUCCCCCAGCAGCCUCAGGCGCUGCUGGAGAGGGCUCGUGCGGACAAUGCGCUGUUAGCCCAGGAGGUGCAGAGGCUGCGGACGGUGGCGGUGGCGGAGCGAAAGGCCCACGAAGCGGCGCUGGCGACGCACAGCCAGGCCAGUGCACAGCUAGCGGCGCGGGUACGGCAGCUGGAGGCGCAGCUGGCGGCGGCUGCUGCGGAGGCGACGCCACCUUCGGCGCCGACACCGACGCAGGAGUUGUUGCUGCUGUAA